AUGAAUCGGUCUUCAAAGUUUGGAACACCAUGGUCUACUGUCAAAGCUGUGGCUCGUCCUCGUAGACUUUUUCAAAAUUCUGGUGCUAGUCGUCGUGGAAGUGUAGUUAGCAUUUUUUCUCAUCUUAUUUCAAAAACAAAUAACGUGACAAAUAGAUCCAGUAGAAUAGAAUUCCCUUUUACUUUAACUGAUCAAGAAAACCUUCGAAUAGCCGUUCAAGAAUUAGCUAAACAAUCUACUCAAAUUCCACAUAUUGAUCAAGUACCUGAUGUUCCUCCAAAUAACCUUUCUCAACAUGGAAAUAAUUCUUCGAUUAGAAAAAAAGGAAAUAAAAAAUUUUUACCCAGUUUUAGUAAUAUAACUAAUAGUGUUAAUA